CCACAACAUGGCGGACAGCAUGUCUAUAUCUCUCACACAUUUGCUUGCAGCCAUUCAGUUUUGAACUUCAAGCGUGCGCAGUCGCGAUCACAAUGUCUGAUCGAUCAAGAUACGUUAUCUCACAACCGAAACACGAUUCACAAUCAACUGAUCGUAUGGCAGCAUCAAGUCACGGUCCUACAGGCUACAAUGCUCAGUUCGACCCACCACUUGACAAGAAACAUGAAUGUCCGUUGUGUCUGUAUGCCUUACGUGAUCCAAUACAGGCGCCUUGUGGGCACCGCUUUUGCACAAGUUGCAUCAAGAAUGUUCUACUUCAAGCUAAAUCAAAAUGUCCUUUAGACAAUGAGCCACUCAGGCAAGAUGAAAUAUUUCCGGACAACUUUUGCAGGCGUGAGGUGCUGAGCCUCACUGUAUUGUGUUCGAACAAAGAGUCUGGUUGUUCAUGGAAAGGACGGUUAAAGGAGUUGGAGAAACACGACACCACUUGUGACUACACGGUGGUAACAUGUAACAACGAAGGAUGUGAUAGCAAAGUCUCUCGAAUGAACUUGCAAACUCAUUUAACCGACUGCAAGUUUCGUCUUGCUGCUUGUCGACUUUGUAAGCAAGAGAUUGUUCUUGAGUUAGAGACGGAACAUCAUCAAAAUGAGUGUCCUGAAUUUGAGGUUUUAUGUGAGAACACGUGUGGUCAAUACAUCAAACGGAAAGACUAUUCUGAUCAUUGCAAAGUAUCAUGUCAGUGGCUUAAAGAGUUUGACCGUCAGUUUGCAUCUGUUGGCUGUCAAUUUGAAGGUGUGCGAUCUGAAUUGCGAUUGUCAUCUGAACACACGACUCAGAAUGAUCAAUUGAAGCGUCUGUCCUCUACUGUGGAUGACCAGAACAGAGCUAUCAGUGACCUCUGUGGCACAGUUCGUGAUUUGACUUUGAGUUUGAAAAGGGCUCAGACUGAAAAAAAAGAUAUAUUAUUAAAUCAGGAAGUGAUAAAGAUCGCGUCUCAAGUGUCUGCUCUCUAUCAACAGCAUAUUGCAGUGCAGGGAAAAGUUACUUCUAUUGAACAAAGGCAGCUUAUGAUCGAAAGGAACUUAGCUGUCAGAGACAACGCAUUUGCUGAACACGACGUACGACUACUGUCUCUUGAAAUGACGUUUUAUGAUGGAGUAUUGCGAUGGAAGAUCACCGAAUUUAGUCGAAAGAAACGUGAAGCAGUAGCAGAGAAACGUUUGUCUAUAUACAGUCCACCAUUCUUUACCAGUCGGACGGGAUACAAAAUGUGUGCACGAAUAUAUCUAAAUGGAGACGGCUUGGGAAAGAACACACACGUGAGUCUCUUUAUUGUCAUAAUGAAGGGAGAGUUUGAUGCUCUGCUGCCGUGGCCAUUUCAGCAGAGAGUCACGUUUACGUUGAUAGAUCAGGAACGUCGACAUCAUCUCAGUGACACGUUUCAACCAGACCCGGCAAGCUCGAGUUUUCAGCGUCCGGUGAAUGACAUGAAUGUAGCUUCAGGUUGUCCUCUGUUUGUUUCUCUGGAUACUCUUCUAGCUGGCCGAUUCAUCAAAGACGAUACAAUGUUUGUUCGAAUUGCCAUUGACACUAGAGAUUUGGAUCAUCUGUAAUCAUCCAUGAUCCUCUUAACAGUUAUUCCAGCUGACAUUUUUAUUGCUGCUUACAUUACGGAUACUUAGCUACUGAAAAGUUGAUUCAGUUUGGAAUUAUGUUUUAUACAUUAUGAAUUGAUCUGGUCGGACUUGGUUAUUUUGUAUCAUUUUUACAUACAGCACCAUGUAAUGCAUUUGCAGUUAAUUGUUAGAUAAAUAAAAUAGCUGAGUUGUGUUGUGUUUA